GAUUAGGCUUAAACCACCUCGACGAAGCUUUAUAAAUCAUAUUUGGCAGUAGAUAGAAUUGGGAUGGUUGUCAUUAUUCGAUUAAUUUAAAUACUCGUGCACUGUGAAUCCUUUCGAUCCGCAGCGGCUAUAUGGAUGGAAACGGGCAGUUCAGACUGGCAACCCCGAAGUGGUGUGUGAAGAGGAGGAGAGGGAGAGCACUGACUCAGUCCGCUGUCACCCCAGAAUGAUCUGGCUCUCCUAGGAAAUGAAAUCUUUUCAGUAUAGUAACUUAGGGAACUUGGGCUACGAGCCCACUUAACCGAACUUGUUGACACGGAUUCGGAGCGCUUUCUAUCAGACCCUCAGCACUGCCGUUACCUUUCGGCUCCUCACAGUCCCAGCAAAACCAACAUGAAGUGCAUUGACACCUAACUGGCAGGAAUGUUAUAUUGCUGGCAUAGUCUGUAUUGCAGGAUAUCUUAAGUACCUUAUGCUGAAGCUCGGACAAAUUCAGGGAGACUGAAAGAAUGACCUACUCUUUGUCCAAAAAUAGCUGCCCAAAAAUACCUGUGGAAGGUUAAUUAUACAAUGCUGUCAGCUGAAGCUCACAAUGUAAACUCGCGGCUGCCCUUGGCCUGCAGUUAGCUCAGCACUUGACUUUUAAAAUCAUGUUGCAGACUAUUAAAAGCAAUCUGACAAUGUGAAUGAGUCAAGUGUCCAUAUUUACCAGAUCAUCACCAAAUGCCUCAGCAUCAUGAACAGAUGAUUCUUGUCGGAGAGAACAUGACUCCAUGGAUUCAGAACUGCACAAACUGUAGCCAGGCCCUGGUCAUGGAGCUGAACAUCGCAAAGGCCAUUGUACUGAGCUUCGUUCUGUCUGUUUUUGUUAUAUUUGGGGUACUGGGCAACAUCUUAGUCAUCCUUUCUGUGGCGUGCAACCGGAGCCUUCGUACAGUCACACAUUACUUUAUUGUAAACUUGGCAGUGGCGGACCUUCUGCUCAGCUCCACUGUGCUUCCAUUCUCUGCCAUCUUUGAGAUGCUUGGCCACUGGGUCUUCGGAAGGGCUUUUUGUGACGUAUGGGCCGCCAUGGAUGUGCUUUGCUGCACCGCAUCUAUAAUGAGCCUGUGUGUGAUCUCUGUGGAUCGCUACAUCGGGGUUAGUUACCCACUACGUUAUCCAGCCAUUGUGACUGAGAAGCGGGCAUUGUUGGCACUUAUGGGAAUUUGGGCUCUGUCCAUUACCAUCUCCAUUGGACCACUAUUUGGCUGGAAGGAGCCAGCACCAGAGGACGAAUAUGUGUGUAAAAUCACAGAGGAACCUGGCUAUGCCAUUUUUUCUGCAGUGGGCUCUUUUUACCUCCCCCUAGUGGUUAUCUUGGUUAUGUAUUGCCGUGUGUAUGUGGUGGCCCGCAGGGAGACGCACAGCCUUAAGAAAGGUCACAAGACAGAGAAGGCACACCAUGCAGAAGCAGUGACUCUGCGGAUACACAGAGGCAACACCACUGUUGCGGAGGAUGAAACGUUGAGGAGCCGCACUCACUUCACAAUCCGCCUACUAAAGUUCUCCAGGGAGAAAAAGGCUGCAAAAACCCUGGCCAUUGUAGUUGGGUGUUUUGUUCUCUGCUGGCUGCCAUUCUUCCUGGUUCUGCCCAUUGGAUCUAUCUUCCCAGCUUACCGGCCCUCAGAAACAGUCUUCAAAAUUACCUUCUGGCUGGGGUACUUCAACAGUUGCAUCAACCCAAUCAUCUACCCAUGCUCCAGCCAGGAGUUUAAGAAAGCCUUUCUGAGUGUGCUGGGUGUUCAUUGUCUGCGCCGCAGAACCAGAUCUAAGUACCCACUGUGCCAGGCUCAUGCUGCAAGCCACACACCAUCAAACCUGCUCUCAUUGGGCUUAGAAAACCGCAGAGAUCCUUCACAUCUCAGCCCGUCAUCCUCAGUGGUCCUUUCCCGGACUCCCUCAUCUUCUCCAGUAGGGGGAUUAGGAGUCAGUGCUGGGGCAAAAGCAGCAGGGGUGUGCAGUAAGAACUUGCUGAGGACAUGUUGUUGUGCUGGGGACUACCCAGCAAGGACGCAGCCACCCGCAUGCCACUCUCUGCCUAUUAUAAAGAUUCAUCAGCUUUCUCUGUGUGAGAAUGGUGAAGCGGUGUGAGCGACAGAGUCAAAACACUGCUUCAGAAAAACACACAGCCUGAGGGUGUGACUAAACCCCUUAUCAUGAUCAGUACAGCCCUGGCAAAUAAUGGAGCUGAUUUAAAGGAGACAAUUUUGUGCAUUAAUUAGGAGUGUUUGUAAAACACCUGAUUGUUUCACUGGGAGAUUGAAUACAUGCUAUGUAUCAAAUGGACAACAUACCUCAAGGCAACUUGAUAAGCACAUUUGCACAGAAAAAAGCAUACACUUUUAAUGUUGAAAUUUCUACAAGUGUAAAAAUAAAAAAAUAAACAGUUUUAAUGGCCAUUAACAUGCUAUGUUUUUUUUUUUCAGAUUUACUAUUAAAAAAAAAAUACCAAUAAUGAGACAAUAAAAUAUGUGGAAUAUAUAAAAUAUACUUCAGUUUUAUAAAUAUGUUCUGAGGAAAUAAGGACAACUUAUUCAUUUCGCACUUUUGCCUGAGCAAAUAUGCACUAUGGGGCAUUUUCAUUUGACAUAAAAAAAAUACAGGACCAUGUCAGCUCAAAAUGUUACCAUUUAUGCCUUUUAUACUAUUAUAAGAUUAUACCAUACCUCAUGGGCAGCUCAACCUCCAAAAAGAAUGUAUGAUGUGCAAAUUAUAAGGCUGUCAUUGUAACUUUUGUGCAUAUUUAUGUGUGCUUGUUUAUGUAAAUCAUUUUAAAAUAGAUAUGAAAAGUAAUUUGAGAGGUUAAAUGACUGAACAGUGAUAAUUCAAAAUACUGAUCACAAAAGAGAAUUCAGAAUUUGUUCAUGAAGGUGCUAACUAAAUAUUAGAUCGAAAUUUUAAAACAAGCUACAACUGAAUAGAUUUAGUUCUACAUUUUAUUAGCUGCAUUUUAAAAACCUCACUGAUGAAUGAAUCACACUAAAUAAAUUGAAUGUGCCAGGAUUUAAAGCCAAUAAAUCUGUCAUACUACAGACAGUUGUUUUGUCCAGACAAUACCCUAUUUUUUAAUUGCUUAUUUACCAGAGCGUA